AUGUCCGACGAGAUCCAAACCGUCCCCCGAACCACCAACUCCGACGCGCACCCGCCCCAGCCCGCGCGGCACGUCGUCCUCCCUCCCCGCGAUCAGGCGGGGCCCAGCACCGGGCACCCGCCCGCCCAGACAAAUCCACCACACCCCACGCCCGGCCCGGGCCCGCCGGCGCUGCAGCGCACCAACGAGGCGCCGGCCGGGGACGCCGCCGCGCUCACCGGCGACGCGCACGGCCACGGCACGGGCCACGCGCGGCGCAGCUCGCUCGACGCCGUGGCCGGCAAGCUGCAGCACGCGCUCGGGAGUGUGCUCGGGAGCGACGCGCUCAAGGCCAAGGGCGCCGAGAAGCAGGCACAUACGGAGACCGGCCCCGUGGAGGGCGAGACGAAGGGCGCGCAGGCGGAGGCGAAGGCGAAUGUGGAUGAGCGGCUGCUUGUAUAA